GAUUACCUAUAUGGGAAAACUACAAAUUAUCUGACCUACAAUGAUUUUAUCAACAAGGAACUUGUGCUGUUCUCAAAUUCUGAUAAUGAGCGAUCCAUUCCAUCAUUAAUUGAUGGACUGAAACCAGGUCAGAGGAAAGUUUUAUAUACAUGCUUCAAAAGAAAUGACAAGCGGGAGGUAAAAGUAGCUCAGCUGGCUGGAUCAGUGGCAGAGAUGUCCUCUUACCACCAUGGAGAGACCUCACUGAUGAUGACUAUUAUUAAUUUGGCUCAAAAUUUUGUGGGCAGCAACAACCUGAACUUACUUCAACCCAUUGGUCAGUUUGGAACUAGGCUGCAUGGUGGAAAAGAUGCUGCAAGCCCUAGAUAUAUCUUUACAAUGCUCAG